AAAAGGGACCAUGCAUAUGAUGUUUGGAGUUGGGUUUAUUGUAGACGUGAAUCUCUGCAACGUAGACCAUUGGCAAGAUAAGUUUUUUAUUUUCGAGCAUAGAGGUUUUUGAGUAAAUUAAGAGUUUGCAAAGAAACCUGAGCCCGGCCCAGCCGGUUUCAUCUCAACUAGAUACGCAAAGCCCAGCCCAAAUGCAUUUCUGUUCGUUUCCACGAGAGAGGAAAUCCUACCACUCCACCGCCGCCGCCGUCACUACCACACACACACACACACAAGCAGAGCAGGAUGAGCUCCCAGCCGGCGACCAUGGCGGCGGCCGCACGAGCAGCAGCGACGCAUCUCCUCCCUGGCCUCCCGGAUGAGGUCGUGGUCUGGGAGAUCCUCGUCCGCCUGCCCCCCAAAGCCAUCCUCCGCUGCCGCGCCUGGCGCCUCGCCACCUCCACCCGCGACUUUCUCCUCGCCCACCACGCCCGCCAGCCCACCACCCCCCUCCUCUACGGCUACAACUGCGCCGGCGACGUCGUUGAGUCCCUAGACAUCAUUCCGUUGGACAACGUGGCAGGGGUCGACGAGCUCCAGUACAGCGCGCGACUUGGCAUUCGCAGCGUUUACGGCCACGGCCUCCUGCUCCAGGACUCCUGCGAUGGGCUCCUCCUCCUUCACAACGGUAGCCUGCAUUGGUACGUAAACUCCUACAUAACGGUAUUUGACACCAUUUCUGAGUCGCUCCGGUUGAUGCAAUGUUCGAUUGUUAUUGACUGCGCCGACCUGUUUGAGAUGGGUGGCAUGCUUGGCAUGUUCGGUCUUAAUUAUGAAGGGACAAGCGUUGAAAUCUGGGCGAUGCAGGACUACAAAUCCGAGAUCUGGGCCUUAAAGUAUCGGGUCGAAUUGCCGGUUGCGGAGAUCAGCUUGCAAUGUGGAAAGUUUGACCAUCGUUGGGAGGUGGUUGCCACGUCGUCUUGGGACGGUCAUGUGCUCGUGCUGGUCCAUUUUGAUGAUUGGCUACUUCAGGUUGGCAUGGAAGGCCAGUUGGUUGCCAGUUUCCAUCGCAAAGGCCUCCGUCCUACUCGACUUCGACUCAAACAAAGUCUAGUUUCACAUGCUUUCUUUCGGACACUAGAGGGUUAUGUUGUCAACAACUCGCCUUUCAUCAGAUGAUAAUGUGCUGCAGAUUAUGCGGAGGUGGAUUUUGCUGAACUGGAUGCACUAUGAGCCUGCUAGCUUCUUUGUUGAGGUUCAAAAACUUAUGAUCAAGGAGCUCUGACACUUACAUGGAUGCAUUAUGUUUCUUUGAAUAUCCUUUGGGGCCAAUGUCGUUACUGUGAUUGUGAUGCCAAAAUUACAAGUCAUUUGGGUAAGUGGUUGAAAUGUUUGCUAAAAUUACAGGCGGUUUCCUGUUUCUAAGCUAAAGAAGAAAUGGGGCAGAUUAUCCUCCUUGUUGAAGUAAAUUGCACCUGAUUUUGAACCAGAACUCGGAGCACCAGUUAAACUGAAAGAGUGCAUUAUAAUUAAUUAUGGUUAAGUAUUGAUAUAUACAUCUGCCUUUGUGUUGCAUCAUUUGGAAUUGUAUUUAUCAUUCACCUUUGCUGCUAACCAUUUUAAGGAAUCAACACUUCUUGUGAUGUUCAAUCUUAACAGAAGCUU